AUGUCGGAGCCAGCCCCCGUGAUCCUCUGUGGAAAGACCACCCAGAUUGGCGAGGGCGUCAUCGCCAAUCUCAAACCAGAAUACGAAGUUGUCCACUUCAUCAUGUCGCCGGAAGAAGGGAAGGUGGCCAUCCCGGCGAUUCUUCGAGGAGAGGCGCCUCCCAACCCCAGCAACGAUCUGGGCUCGAAGAACUACUCGAGGCCGCCCAUAGCCGUGCUGACGGGCGCGGGAUAUGACGACCAGGGCGUCGAGGUGAUGCGCACGGCUGCAAAGGGUCUGAAGCCACUGCCUUGGCUGCGGCCGGAUACCUCCAAGCCAGCCCCGCCUCUCGGGCCGGAAUAUGGCAAGGCCCUGGUGGAGAGGAUCAAAGUCACCUUGAAGGAGAUGGCAGAGAAGGGCGAGCUGAACGAGGAUAAGGUCGUCUGGUACUAG